UAGCAAAAUUUGAGCUGGAGACUUAUUAUGUUUCUGUGCGAUCUUUAUAACAACAGGAUUGGCUAAUAAAUCAGGAAGGACAUCCGUCUUUCCCAUUAAUCUCACCAAUCCUCGAGAACCCAAAGAUUAUACAAAAAUUCGAAGAAAAAACGGCUUGCGAUAGGAUUUUCUCCUUCGCGGUAUGAUAGCGAAUGGAUUAAUGUGUAUUUCAUAUUAUUAAAUUAUUUUAAAUUUUUAUUUCAUUUUUAUAUUAUUACAUAAACAACAACUCUAUCCAUUUCACUUUCACCAUAUCCAUUCCACUCCGCAUUUAAGUUAUUUCUAUAUCUUUACAAUCAUUUAUAUUAAAUGUUACAUUUAUUGCACUAAAUAUUUAUUAUAUUUCAUAAAUAUCGUUUAUCACGAAAUUUAUCGUAAAAGAUCUUACGUAGGAGAUAUGCUGUAGGAGAUAUUAUAUAAGAGAUUGUUGCGUCUUGAUAAGAUUGAUAAGAUAACUGAACUAUAAUUUAAAAUAUGUGUGAUAGUUUUAUAAUUUCGAAUAUUUCUUUAAUAUGAAUCAAUCGGUAUAUUUAAAAGAAUUCCAUUAUCUAUGGUAAGUAUGAUAAGUAAAAACACGGAAGAAGUUUCUCUGACCUUGAUAGAAAUAUGUGUCAGCAAACGAUUUUAUCUCAUGUAUAUCUGUAUAAAUUGUGGAACUGAAACAGAGGAACUUUAUAGACGAUAUUGUCCAAGUGUGCUUAAAGUUUUGAAAUGUGUCAAAUGUGGAUUAUUAGCUGACAAAUACAUCGAAUAUGAUCCUGUUAUUGUAUUCGUUGAUCUUAUUUUAUUAGAGAAACAAGCCUAUCAGCACCUUUUAUAUAAUAGUAAUUUUAAAUCAUAUUGGAAGUUAAUGGUAAUGUUAUGGUUGGCUGAAGCCUUCAGAGCUUGGUCUUUUUGUGAAUCUGUUAAUAGUCAAAAAACCAAUAUAGAUAUAGGCAAUAGAGAUGUAUUUCAAGGAGACUGUAAUUUUUAUAUUCUGCUAUUACAAACUGCCAUUACAUUGACAGUAUUUAUUGCUACUGUAAUUAUUGUAACUGAAUUACGUUGGUUGCUUAGCAGAAAAAGGCCACACAAAUAUAAUGCCAAAGAUUUAACUAGAGCACUUAUUGUGGGAGGAUGUUCAAAGUUGUUUGGAUUAUUAUCUAUUGUAUGGGAACCUAUAGGAUUAGAUCUACAUUACAUAUUUGUUCAGGGCUAUACAGUUUUAUGCCUUAUGACAGCGUAUUCAGUUGUCUGUAAGACUGGGAAAAGUGGAUCUUUGAUUGGAUUGAUCACUGGAUUUUUGGUUUGCGAUUACAUUUCUAAUUUUGUUUCUAUAUUGCCUUUGUGAUCAACAUUAUUCUAACGUAAGGAUUGAUCUAAUAACGG